UUUCUCCUCAGUGUUAAUGGACCCCGGUCUUCAGUCAAGCUGUUUGGGGGAGAGAGAGAAAAGGCUACUCUCGGGUGGUGUUUGAUGGUCAUCCAUGACAGGCAGGUUCUGAAAAGUGUCUGUCUGUCCGGUUGGAUUCAUGACGUUCAUUCUCUCUUCAUGCUCAUUGGAUAAAUUGGAAUGUACAAAAGUCCUAUAAAAGACCCAAACAACAACUGCAAUAAAAGCCUUCUCUCUGACUUUAAGGAGAAGCUGAUCCAGGCUAUUAAAAGAAUUAAGCAUGAGGUAGAUGAAUGCUGUGAGGCAGAGAGCCAGACGUACUUACAGUCCAUUCAUGUAGAGAGUUCUUUUGAUGGUCUGGAACGGGAGAUCCAAGCAGAGUUCCAGAACCUCCACCGCUUCCUCCAUGAGGAGGAGAGCAGGGACCUGCAGAGACUGAAGAAGGAAAGGGAGAAAAGGGUGAAGAUGUUGAGGGAGAGAGAGAGGAAGAUUGCCUUGCAGGGGAGGGAUCUGGAGAGAGCCAUCGCCACACUGAACAGCACUCUGGCCGCGGAGGACAGUCCCACACUGCUCAAAGAGAUUCAGGACCUCUUGAAAAGAUCUAAUGUGGCCUUCAUCCCACCUCCGUACAUGGGCGUGGAGGUAAGGUCUGGACAGUUUGUGGGGCCCAUCCAAUACAGGAUAUGGAAACAUAUGAAGACCUGCCUCUACCCAAACAUCACUGAAGUGACCUUUGACCCAGAGACAGCCCACCCCCUCCUCACCCUCUCCCCCAGUUGCACCUCUGUGUGGUUCGAGGAGAACAAAGUGAUCUGUGCGGCCUCAAAGGAGGAGGACGCGCCCAGCCCCCGUCGCUUCCACUACUACUACAGUGUUCUGGGCCGAGAAGGCUUCCUCACCGGACGACAUUACUGGGAAGUGGAGGUCGGCCGUAAGACGGCGUGGCGGGUGGGGGUGGCCAGGGAGGACGUCCACAGAGGGGAGAUGGACUCCUGCGGCACCAGCAGCGGUCUCUGGACCCUUUCCCUUAAGGGAGGGGCCGUCCUGGCCUGUACCGAGCCCAAACCCACCAAGAUCACAGUGUCCAUCAGGCCGGUCCGGAUCGGAGUCUUCCUGGACUGUGAGAAGGAGGAAGUGGCAUUCUAUAAUGCGGUUACCAUGACACCGCUGUACACCUUCUUCAUGGGGGUGGUUCCGGUUCCUCUGAUCCCGUUCUACAACCCGUGUGAUUCAGACGACGGGAAGAACUUGGAUCCACUGAAUCUCUUCCGGCCCUCGCUAUGACGACGUGUGGUUUUGGGAGGUGGUAGAAUAAUAAAAAUAAUUUGCAAGUC